AUGGCACGGAAGAUAUUUCAAUGUUGGCCUACCUUUCCCCCCUACGUGGCCCAUUGACAAUUUGCAUACUACAGCCCAAACCAAGACAGUUCUUCAUCUGGGCCCACGUGGGAGCCCAAAGCCACUAUGGGCGAGUGAGAGAUGAGAAUAUGAAAAAACGCGAGUACGGCUUUCCACUCCCGUGCCCUAACCUUCGAAAUUCAGAAAUCAAACUUCCGUACUCGCCCCAAAACCCACUCUGCUUCACACGAUCUUCGUUCACUGAUGAUGAUGAAGUCUCUUUCAUUUCGUGUACAUUUGUAAAAAAGAAAGAAAAAGAAAAGAAAGAAUCUCUUUGGAAUAUUUUUGUUUUCUCAAUGGGAAUAGAUCUUGAACAGCCAUCAGGAGAACAUCAAAAGAUAGACAAUAGACCAAAUGUGAAUAUUAAUAUGGUGGAUGCUGGAGAAGAAGUGCAAGGUAGAAAUGAAGUAACCAUGAAUCCUCCUAAGGGAAACAAUAAAGAAAAUACAGGCCCAAAUGUGAGUCGAAGGGUAUUGGAUGGUAGACAGAAAGCACAUGCUGGAGAUGGAGUGGAUGCGAAUUUUUCUAAAAAUUUAGAACCCCAUGAUGGCAUGGAAUUUGAUUCGAAGGAGGAAGCUUUUUCAUUCUAUAAAGAAUAUGCCAAGUCUGUGGGAUUUGCCACCAUAAUAAAAGCCAGCCGUCGAUCAAGAAUAUCUGGGAAAUUCAUUGAUGCAAAAUUUGUAUGUACUAGAUAUGGAAAUAAGCGAGAAUCUAGUACAGCUGAAACAACACAACCCAUUUCAAGUACAGAUGGUACCACAAGUAUUCCGGUCAAGAGAAAACGAGGUAGAAUUAAUCGGUCUUGGUCAAAAACAGAUUGCAAGGCUUGUAUGCAUGUUAAGAGAAGGCAAGAUGGAAGAUGGAUUAUACGCAGUUUCAUAAAGGAGCAUAACCAUGAAAUUUUUCCAGACCAAGCCUAUUAUUUUCGAGGUCAUAGGAAUAUAAAUCUAGGCAAUACUAAUGUCGAUGCCUUGCAUGCUAUCCGGGCUAGGACAAAAAAGAUGUAUGUAACAAUGUCCAGACAGGCUGGUGGGUAUAAGAAAGUUGAGAAUCAAAAGGGCAGCACCAUAAAUCAAUUUGAUAGUGGACAGCAUUUGGCUUUAGAGGAGGGAGAUGCACAAGUAAUGCUCGACCAUUUCAUGUAUAUGCAAGAUGAGAAUCCUAACUUUUUCUAUGCAAUAGAUUUGAAUGAAGAUCAACGUUUGAGAAAUGUUUUUUGGGUUGAUGCCAGAGGUAGGCUUGAUUAUGGAAAUUUCAGUGAUGUAGUUUUCUUCGAUACUACAUAUAUCAAGAACGAAUAUAAAUUGCCUUUUGCACCUUUUAUCGGGGUGAACCAUCACUUUCAGUUCGUGUUGCUCGGAUGUGCUUUAAUUGCAGAUGAGACUAAAUCAACACUUGUUUGGUUGAUGCGGUCAUGGCUUCGAGCAAUGGGUGGACAGGCUCCAAGAGUGAUACUUACUGACCAAGACAAAGCCUUGAAAGAAGCUAUUGCAGAGGUCUUUCCAGAAUCUCGUCACUGUUUUUGCUUGUGGCAUAUAUUAAGCAAGAUUCCUGAAAAGCUCAGUUGUGUGGUGAGGCAACAUGAAACUUUUAUGAGCAAAUUUAACAAGUGUGUUUUUAAGUCUUGGACAGAUGAGCAGUUUGAAAAGAGAUGGCGGAAAAUGGUUGACAGAUUUGACCUAAGAAAUGACAUAUGGUUUCAAUCAUUGUAUGAAGAUCGUGAGCAAUGGGUGCCUACAUUCAUGCAAGACUUGUUUUUGGCUGGAAUGUCUACAACUCAACGGUCGGAAAGUGUAAACUGUUUCUUCGACAAGUACGUACAAAGAAAAACUACAUUGAAGGAGUUUGUGGAAAACUACAAAACAAUUCUACAGGAGAAGUAUGAAGAGGAAGCAAAAGCAGAUUUUGAGACUUGGCAUAAACAACCAGGAUUGAAAUCUCCUUCACCAUUCGGAAAACAAAUGGCAACAUUGUACACACAUGCAAUAUUCAAGAAAUUCCAAGUUGAGGUUUUGGGAGUAGUUGCUUGUCAUCCCAAAAAAGAAAGUGAAGAUGGAGCAACCAUUACAUUUAGGGUUCAAGAUUUUGAAGAGAAUCAAGAUUUCAUUGUGUUGUGGAAUGAAACAAAGUCAGAUAUUUCUUGUUUAUGCCGUUCAUUUGAAUACAAUGGUUUUCUUUGUAGACAUGUGAUGAUUGUUCUGCAAAUGUCUGGGGUGCAUAACAUCCCAUCUCACUAUAUAUUGAAACGUUGGACGAAGGAUGCAAAGAGUAGACAAACCACAAGACAAGGGUCAGAUGCGGUUGAGUCUAGGGUGCAACGAUACAAUGAUCUAUGCCGACGGGCUUUUAAAUUGGGUGAUGAAGGGUCUUUAUCCCAAGAGACUUACAAAAUUGCAUUCAAUGCACUGGAAGAAGCCUUGAGAAAGUGCGAGAGUAUAAAUAACUCAAUUCAGAGUGCAGUGGAGCCAAACUCACUGCUCACUCAUGGUUUUCAUGACUUUGAAGAGGUGAACCAAGGUAAUGGUUCAGCCAAAGCUAACAAAAAGAACAGUAUGUCCAAAAAAAGAAAGGCAAAUCCAGAGCAAGAGAUAAUAACCAUUGGCAUGCAGGACAGCUGGCAGCAAAUGGGACACUCAAAUUUACGAGCACCAACCCUUGAUUGUUCUUAUGAAACACAAGAGGGCAUGCAAGGGAUGGAACAACUAAACUCAAGAGCUUCAACUCUUGAUGGCUAUUUUGGCACUCAACAAAUUAUGCAAGGAAUGGGACAAUUAAACUCAAUGGCUGCAACACGUGAUGAUUAUUAUAGCCAACAGAGCAUGCAGGGACUGGGACAAUUGAACUCAAUUGCACCUAUGCAUGAUGCUCACUACGUUUCUCAACAAAGGCUGCAUGGGCUGGGGCAGUUACAUUUCAGACCACAAACUAUACAGAGUUGUUUUGACAUCCAGGACAGUUUGCAAGACAUGGACCAGUCCAAUAUGGGACCUGUGCAGAUGCAUGGCAUGGCAUCAAAACAUUUGCAUGCGAAACACCUAACUCGUUAGCUGCUGAUCUAGCACUGAUCUUAUAGAGGUGGUGAACACAAGACUGAGCAUCUGGUGUACAAAGUAAAACCAAUUCAGAAGCAUGAAUUCUUCUGGUGCAGGCAGGAGCGGGCCUUAUACUGCAAGAUGCAUCAACUCAGUGUCAAAGAUGGACUGCUACAGUCAAUCCAUUCUGGGGUUGGUGUGCAGCAGAAACAUGAACAACAGUACAGACACUGAUAAGGGUUUCUUUUGUUCCGACAAUACCUCAUCUGUUCUGUAAAUGAUGUAUUUUCGGGUUUGCAGUUACCUUUGGUGUAAGCCCAUGCUUACUCUGUUGAAAUUAGUUCUUGCCUUCCUUCUGCAGAUUGUAGUUAAGUUACUAGCUUCAGAGAUUUUGUCAAUGUUGUUAUGGUUGUGGAUAUGGGGUCUGGGUAGGUUUUGUUAAAACUCUGGCUAUGAUUCAUAGCAAUGCAGUUGGUUUUGUUCCCAUUUUUCUGGGCAUUAUGACUUAGAAGCCACAUAGAAAUUGAAUCGUAGUCAGUUGCAAUUUCCUA